AGCGGUCUCAGUGAGUCUGGCAGCACCGCCCGUCGCUGCCAAACCUGCCAUUUUAUUUCGGCUGAGUUUUGUUGUCAUAAUAUUUUAAUGAAAUUAUAAAAUAAUCUUUACAUAAUAACUUUAAUAGUACAACGUGGCACAACGUGAUAGUACAAUUUAUUUUUUAGAAGUUUUAAUUCAAAAUAUUUGGUUAAAAUUUGUUUACAUAUCCCGUUAAGUGGUUCAUUGUUUCAAGGAUACAAUCGAAAAGAAAGAGGUAUCCGCAUCUCGCAGGGGCUCGUGAUGUCAUAAAUUGAACCCGAACGAUGUAAAAAUGUCGCGCGUACUCAGCGCUCUGAACGGGGCGCUGCCGGACUCGCGGCCGCUGCUCUCGCUCCAAAUAGUCGAGACUGUCGCCAAGUGCCCCGCCGGCUAUGUGGCCGUCAGCCGCACCUACGACGAGGACGCCGACGCCGGCCUGCUGCGGCAGAACGGGCUGUUCGGCAAGAAGCCCACUCACUACAUCUGCCUGUCCAAGUCUGAGGGCGUCCCAGGCUACGUGAUGGACGGUAUAGCGGUGGUCGGCGAACGCGAGGCGGCCCCGGCUGGCUACAGCGUGGCCGGACGGGCGGGCAAGCGGCGUCUAUGUACGCGAGUGUCAAGAGGUGCGGCAGAGCCGCGCUUGCCACCCGUGACGGACGUGAUCGUAUGCUCGCGGAUGCGGCAGGCGCCGCGAGGAUUCAUUUUAGCUGGUGAGAUAAACGGCAAGAUGGUGUGCUACAAAGUCGGCGACGGCAGCGUCGAGUCCUCGCCGACGCACACACAGAACGAGUACGAGAACGUCGUCUCCAACACUACUCCUGAGGCCAAUAGAAGUUCUAUAUCUUCGAAACUGUAUCAUGACAUCUUAGUCUGGACAAAUAGACUGCGAGCGGUGCCCGAGAGGCCUCCGAAGCUGUCCCCGAUCAUAUCCGACUUGAAGAACAUGAAUGUGAGCGCGUACCCCAACAUCGAGGACUUCACCACGGGCCACGAUUACGAGGCCCUGAGUCCGUCCUACAACAUCAAGCCGGCGAGGCCGGCGCCCAGGCCUCCGUCAACGGAGUCCCCCGUGACGUCCCCGCCGCCCCCGAGCCGCAGGAAGGGCCCCGCGCCGCUCCCGCGCAACAACUACCAGACGCUGGGCGGGUACAGCGGGCUCGAGGGCGUGCCGUUCGUGCUCAACCCGAGGCUCAGGGGGCUGCCCGACGACGCUCUAACUCAGUUUCCGAUGAUCAAGAAGCGUACUCGCUUCGAACUGGACCGGGACUACUCAUACCCCUACACCGCGGAGCGGCAGACGUGAGACGACCGGAAAAGCACCUUAAACACGGGCAUACAAGGCUCAGUUUGACAUGGCGAUAGCGGGGGUAUCUUAGCGUAUGAACUUUUUUUAAACAGGUGCUUAUCUUACUCAUUCACGGUGAU